UUCCCCCAUAAAGCUACUUGAGCCUGGUGCGUUAUUAGCAUAUAGCACUUAGAUAACUAUCACAAUUUCUUAAGUUUGCUGUUUCUUUCUGGGUUCAGUUUUGGUGAUUUAUGUGUUCAUAGAAAAUCAUCAGUUUUGUAGUUUUAUCCAGUGUUUCCCUCUGUAUCUGGAGCUGUUUCCCUGGUCUUGUGCCCUGUUUUGUGUACUUAACACUUUCUCCCCUUCUUUUCUUGAUUUAGGCUAGCUAAUGAUAUAUCGAAUAGACACACAUACACUGAAGUGGAUUUUUUCUAAAGAAAAACAUUUUCUUCCCUAAAGAAAAUAUUUUUUUGUUCAUUAAUUCUGGGAGACCAGGAUGAUGCUGAGGGCUGUGGAGAAGUGAGAGGAGGUGUCCUGCUGAAGGAGGCAGCAUCUCCUGCACCCUGUCCUCUUGCUGCAUGGCAGGAAUGUAGCCCCAGCAUGGCCAGAUCUUCCAGUCUCUCCAGAGCAGAUGGGUGUGUGUAUUUGUGUGUGUGAUCUCCAACAUUUUAAAUGUUGGCAGCUAAUUCAAAUGGAAACAGUAACUUUGGAGGUAAAAACAACAACAACGAAAAGACCAGUUUUUUGUUUUGUCUUUUAAAUUUCCGGACCAAAGUGUCAUUUUUAAAGGUAAAUGUUUAUCUGACUCAUAUUUCGACCCUGUACGCCAUGAGAGGAGGAACUAGAUGCUAGUUUUGCUUUGCACAGUAUCUGGUGCAAGGAGGUACUUCCAAAUGAGGGAUUUUGUGGGCCUUUCAUGUUAUUUUCAGUAAUGCUGGAGUUCUUGGGAAUAUGCAUUAAAGGCAUAAGUGGUCUAAUUUCGACCCUAAGAAGUCAGUAAAAAGAUGUAGGGGUCUGUGUGUUUCCAUCAGCUAGUCUUUGUCUUCCCAUUCCCAGCUCACAGGCUGUUGGAUGCUGGAGAUCAAAGGGCUGCGUGGGAGAGUCCCUAGUCAGUGACCCUCGAAUGUAAAUAAAGAAGAACUUAGGCAUCACCCUGGGUUUCUCCUUGACCCAAAGGAAGGGACUUCAUCCAUAGCUGCUAAUGGCUUCACCACAACCCUGAAAGGCUAAGGCUGAGGUUAACGUCUGUCUCCUUCAACUUGAGCUUUCCUGGGGGUGAAUAUUAAUCACCAUCUAACCAUCUCUGUGUGGUAUCUUUUCAUCUCUUCUUUACAGGUUCAGAAGAUGAGAGUGUGUUCUGAGCUAGGUUUUGCAGUUGAAGUCUGCUUUUCUCCCUCCCCCUUCUCCUUCCACUCCGCCAGAGUACAGUCUGUGCCUGGAUUGUGACAAGGAAGGUGGCAGGCUUUGUUAUGGUGCCUCAACUGGGGCCCUGGCUGAAUGCAUCUCUUCCUAGUUGUGAUUUGUCUUAUCAAGCCCACAUUCUAGCCCUCGGACUUGGCGCUUCGCCAGUGUCUUUGGUGGGACUUUGUGUCUUGUGUCUCUGCUUGCUUCCCAGUUCCUUUCAGCCCACAUGUACUCUCCCUUCUCAGGGGAGUGUCUGUCUUCUAUGGUAACUUUGGGCAGACACUGCUCAAACGUGGGAGAUAUUUUUGGGUAGAUUAAAAGCUCCCGAAGACACUAUCGUGGAGGUAGCCUUGGAAAGAGACAUAAAGAUGGUCAUUUUGUCAGGGGUAGGCUGACAGCAGUGGAGACGGGGCACCUUUUUAGGCUCGUGAUCCUCCUUCUCCUUCACUCUUUACAAAGUGAAGUCUGUAGGAAAGGUUUUGCUGUAAUACGAUCUUGAAAACUGGCAGAUUAAAUCAGCGCACUUCACCCAGAGAUGAUGCCACAGAACUCGAGUGUCGGUGGGUUUGUGCUUUGCCAGGGGCUCUGUCAGCAUGGGGAGUGGGCGAAAGGGCCUGUGGUUCCGACUGAGGAAGAUACUGCUCUUUGUUUUGGGGUUGUACUUUGCCAUUCCGUUUCUCAUCAAACUGUGUCCUGGGAUACAGGCCAAACUGAUUUUCUUGAAUUUCGUGAGGGUUCCCUAUUUCAUUGACUUGAAAAAACCGCAGGAUCAAGGUUUGAAUCACACCUGUAAUUACUACCUCCAGCCAGAGGAAGACGUGACCAUUGGAGUCUGGCACACUGUCCCCACCGUCUGGUGGAAGAAUGCCCAAGGGAAGGACCAGAUGUGGUACGAGGAUGCCUUGGCUUCCAGCCACCCCAUCAUCCUGUACCUGCAUGGGAACGCGGGCACCAGAGGAGGCGACCACCGAGUAGAGCUCUACAAGGUGCUGAGUUCCCUUGGUUACCACGUGGUCACCUUUGACUACAGAGGUUGGGGCGACUCAGUGGGAACGCCAUCGGAGCGGGGCAUGACGUAUGAUGCACUCCAUGUUUUUGACUGGAUCAAAGCAAGAAGUGGAGACAAUCCAGUGUAUAUUUGGGGUCAUUCCCUAGGCACUGGAGUGGCUACAAAUCUGGUGCGGCGCCUCUGUGAGCGAGAGACGCCUCCGGACGCCCUCAUAUUGGAGUCUCCCUUCACCAACAUCCGCGAAGAAGCAAAGAGCCAUCCGUUCUCAGCGAUAUAUCGAUACUUCCCUGGGUUUGACUGGUUCUUCCUUGAUCCCAUUACAAGCAGUGGAAUUAAAUUUGCAAAUGAUGAAAAUGUGAAGCACAUCUCCUGCUCCCUGCUCAUCCUGCACGCUGAGGACGACCCGGUCGUGCCCUUCCAGCUUGGCAGAAAGCUCUACAACAUUGCUGCACCAUCUCGAAGCUUCCGAGACUUCAAAGUUCAGUUCAUCCCCUUUCACUCAGACCUCGGCUACAGGCACAAGUACAUCUACAAGAGCCCCGAGCUUCCACGGAUACUGAGGGAGUUCCUUGGGAGGGCGGAACGUGAGCGUCAGCACUGAGCCCUGCUGCCUGAAGGAGCAUGAAGACCUCUGCCCUCCUCCCCUUCCUCCAGCCAGCCCGGCACCCUGGAGCCUGGGGGUGCCUGCAGCCACGAUGCGCCUGGAGAGAGGCCUCAGAUGCCAGCUGGGGCAGAACGAGGAGGCCCUGGCGGACCUGAGGCUCCCUGCCCUGGUGGCCGGGAACAUGGAUCUUUGUGGAAAAUGCAGGUGGCAGACAGGUGGCCCUCUCUCCCUCUUGCUGCCACUCAACCUAAGCUGGCGUUGGGAAGACAGUGACAGCAAGCCGGCCACCGGCUGGUGGAUCCCACACUCCCUGAGCUGGGCAUGAGGUCCCGGGACCACACUGAGCUUUCCGGCACCGCCUGCGGGAACCUGGGGAGACUUGGGUUCUUUCUGUCCCUUCCUGGCACAUGCAGAAUGGACUCCAAUGGUUGGACCAUCCCCUCCUGCCCUCUACGCACCCUGCUUGCCUUCCUUGGUGUCCCUGCCUCCCUGGGUGGGCCCCCCCGCGCUCGCAGCGGGGAGGUGCCCGUGAUCUGCACUUCCCCACUCUCUGCCCGCCUGUCAGCCUCACCUGGCCUUAGACUGAGCAUUUAUUUAAGAAUAAAAGCGUGGUGGGUGGUC